CUACCAUUAAAAAAAUCAAAUUUGCAAUUCUUUGGGUGGCCUGAUGGAUUCCCUGAUUGACAGCCGGAAUUGACACUCUGGUACCUCUUAUCUCGGGCAUUUACGGCAAUUUCUAAUUGCAGGUAGUUUGGGGGGUUUUUCAGCGCCUUGGCUCGCAUGGGAACCGAGCGAUUACUUCAAGAGGCCCGGGUUAAGUGCAGGCAGGGGGAGAAUUCAAUCCACAUUCAAAUUGCUUCAUUAAAGAGACGCAGCUUUUGUUGCAAAGGAUUUAAAUGGCCACUAGAAAGUUCUUAUUUAUUGUUUUGAGGCGGUUUAUAUAGGGUGCCCCGCGCUCGCCCGGCGCAUGGAGCCGCAGCCUCCUUCUCCCGCUCUCUCCAUCAAGGUGAUGCCGCCGGAGCCGCUGCCCAAGGGGAGUGCCCGCUGUCUCGAUCCGCAUUCCCGCGCCAUGUCGCAGCCCGACGGGGAGCCGCUGCCCGGCGCCCUGGAGAAGGAGGACGCCCGCUCAGCGCCCAGCACCCCGUCCACGCCGUCCGUCUGCUCCCCGCCAUCCUCCUCUUCCUCCACGCCGUCGGCCGGCAAAAACGUCUGCUCCAGCUGCGGACUGGAGAUCCUCGACCGGUACCUGCUGAAGGUGAACAACCUCAUCUGGCACGUCCGGUGCCUGGAGUGCUCCGUGUGCCGCACCUCGCUGCGCCAGCAGCACAGCUGCUACAUCAAGAACAAGGAGAUCUUCUGCAAGAUGGACUACUUCAGCCGGUUCGGUACGAAGUGUGCCCGCUGUGGCAGGCAGAUCUACGCCAGCGACUGGGUGCGGCGAGCGCGGGGCAACGCCUACCACCUCGCCUGCUUCGCCUGCUUCUCCUGCAAGCGGCAGCUCUCCACCGGAGAGGAGUUCGGCCUGGUGGAGGAGAAGGUGCUGUGCCGGAUCCACUAUGACACCAUGAUAGAGAACCUCAAGAGAGCGGCAGAGAACGGCAAUGGGAUCACGCUGGAGGGGGCUGUGCCCUCGGAGCAGGACAGCCAGCCGAAGCCAGCCAAGAGAGCCCGCACCUCCUUCACGGCUGAGCAGCUGCAGGUCAUGCAGGCACAGUUUGCUCAGGACAACAACCCCGACGCGCAGACGCUGCAGAAGCUGGCGGACAUGACGGGGCUCAGUCGGAGGGUCAUUCAGGUUUGGUUUCAAAACUGCAGAGCCCGCCAUAAAAAACACACCCCCCAGCACACGGUGCCGCCCUCGGGAGCGCCCCCGUCCCGCAUCCCUUCCUCGCUCUCCGACGACAUCCACUACUCGCCCUUCAGCAGCCCCGAGCGGGCCCGGAUGGUGACGCUGCACGGAUACAUAGAAAGUCAGGUACAGUGUGGACAAGUGCACUGUAGACUUCCCUACACUGCUCCACCAGUGCACCUCAAAGCAGACAUGGAAGGACCACUAUCUAAUAGGGGUGAGAAGGUCAUCCUCUUUCAGUACUGACUGCCCGGACUCUUCCUCACCUGCCCAUGGCCCUACCAGCACCACUGCCCCUCAGCCGCUGACACGGCGUCCAGCCCACGGCAACUGGUAUCAGUCCCACAGGAGAAGCUCAGACCCAGCGCUCUCAGCUCUUCCCAUUGACCAGCACCUCACGCCCACUCCGACUUCUCCAGCGACGCUCUGUGUAUGUGUGUGUUGAGUGCAGAGUUACAGUUGACACUUGUUUCUUGUGGACUUGUAGAAUGACCGUGAGUCUCUCCGAGGCAGUGCCAGACACAGUCAAAACUAGUGACUCUACUGUGCUUGCAAACCUUGCUCCCAAACCCAUGGGAAUAUGAACAACCCAGAACACGCCGAGUCUCAGGGGGGGUCGAUGAUCACCUCUGAACACAAAGGAAGGAGGAAUUUACGUGGUUUGGCCUGAUUCUCUUUUUGCACCAGUGAAGCGGUUCCCGGACAUCCCUCCUUAUUUCCACUCGCAUGUGUGAAAUCUGAAAUGGGCUUUUUGGCUCAGCAACUCGAUACGUAGACAGACCUUCCUGAGCCAAACUCACAGAUAGCCGAGACUCCACUAAGUGGAAAACACGAUGCCAGCUGGAAAUAGGCAGUUUUUCUUCCUCCUCAAAGUGCUUUAGAAUCACAUGUUCUUUGAUCACUCAAAGGUAAGUAAAUCUUAGUGUUUUUCCCCCCGUUUUAUAGGAGGGGAAACCGAUAUGUCCUAAACGGAGAGGAACCGUGGGGGUUGGUGGCAGAGCCAGGUUUAGCACCCUGAAGUUUUUGAUUGCUGACUUGUUCUUAGAACACGGAAUAUCUCUCUCCUCUCACAGCCAUCUGCCAAUUUUUUUAAAUUUUUAUUUUUUAAAUUUUUUUUGCUCUCGUUCUUUAUUAACAAACGACUUUAUUUCCUUGGAGUCAUAUCGGAUCACAAAUGGGGUGAUUUCAGAAUGUACCUACACAAAACUCUCAGACUCUCCAUACUCUGGGACUGGGAAAUGCUCAGUGGAAGGUGACCAUAAAGGUGUAGAAAUGUUCCGCCCUGCUGUGGACCCAAGUUCAAUCAGUGGAAACAGUCAGGUAGGAAGUGGAGACCAAUUAAAAAGGUGAAGACCACACUGAGGCCAGCAGGAGCGGUCACCAGCCGAGUGGCCAGCGAGGUGGUGGCGCGUUCCUUUGUCUGUCGGCAUCGCUCUGAGUCCCUCUGCCCUGCUGUUGUUCUCCCUCGCUGGAGUGCAGCUGGUGGUCCUGCCAGGCCCUGGGAUGAAGGUGCAGCCCGAAGUGCUGCCGGCGGGCUCACGGCAACAGCAAAGGAAACGCUCAGCAGUCUGGCCCCGAGUCAGGAAAAAGACUCCGAAAUGAUCCUUCAUUGACGGUAACAACAAAAAGUAAACAAGUGACCUCUGCCAGCCCUUCUCAGUUUGCACCAAGCCAAGAGCAGGUCUGUAACAAAACCUCUCUCCACGCAAGCACACGGGCCCGUCCUGCUGCUAAGUGUCCGUGAGGCCGCGCUUCCGAGAAUGUGAAAGCCCACCGUGAGCCGCAGCCAGCGAGGGCAGUGACUGAUCCGUGCCCCGGGAGCAGGAGACGGGAACCCGUCCCUUGCGUAACUUGUUUUUAAGUCGAACUGUGCGUGCACGUGUUUUCCUCUCCGGGAGAUCCUGGAUCCAUCUCCAGCCUCGGCCGGAGCGC